CGUAUUCCGUUAUUAUGCAAGAGCCAGUGCUUAAAUGUUUGCAUGAGAAUCAUUACUCUAAAUAAAUAAUUGGUGUUUGUGUUAAUUCAGAGUGCCAAAAAAUCAGACCAUAUUGUCAGUAAUGUCUAAAAUGCUAUCUGCAUUCAGAACAUCUCCAUGAUCUUCAUGAUUUUACAGACUUUUACAAUUAUAUGCAAGAAGGUUUGAAUACCUACAACAAAAUGCAAAACCUAGCAGAGGAAUUACAAUCCAUAGCCAAACUGAUUACCAUCAUUAUAAAUUAAUUAAGUUUCAACCCAAAGAUCAAUCUUAAAGAUAUAUCCAUUAUAGCAAUAAACAAUCUGAUUAAUAAAAUCAUAAGGGUGAAGGAAGUGGAGAAAACCCUCAAAACCAAUUUGGAAUUGGCAGUGAUACCAUUACAAAAAAUCAAGUAGGACUUUAAGGAAUUAUUACAGAAAAAUAGUAUGAUAUUCAUCAGUAUUUCACAGCUGAGCAAUAAUUGAUCAGAGAGGAGGAGCCUCUCAAAAAGACUCCAGUGAGGUCUAAGAAGCAGAAGAAGGCAGAGAAGGCAUCUUCAAAAGGGUCAUAAGGUAAGAGAUGAGGUGAUUAAAUUUAGUUGUUUAAAAUUAAUAAUAGACAAAAUAAGAGGAAUUUAAACAUCAAGUUGUUUGUAUUAAGCCUAGUAAAUCGAAGGAUGAAAAGAAGUAAUAAUAACAAUAAUAGAUUAUCCACAAUCAAGGGAAAUAUCAAUUCUCAAAUAUUUACAAAAAUAGAGCUAUUAAUGUCAUUUAGCCAGAGAAUUCAGCUGAGGGUUUUGGAUUUUGUGUAUGUGAUUAGGCAAUUUCUAAAUGUGGAACCACUAUCAUCGCAUUUCGAAUAAUAAAGUGCGAUUGGAGAAUUCACAUUGGAGUUUGUGAUAGGGACAUGCUGAUCGAAUCAAAAUAUGAUCCCAAUUUGGCAAAUGUCGGUCAUGGGUAUGUUGUAACAAUGAAUAUGCUAAAGCUCUUAUCUGAUCAAUAAUUAGGGAGAUGUCUUCUCAACGGUCGAGACUGAAAUGAAUGACAAAUCGCUAUCAUUUAAGUUUUACAAUAAAAACAUCAUUACAAUAGAGAUUGAUUUUUAAUAGUAGCAAAUAACUUGGAUCAAAAAACAACCCAAGGAAACCUUUGUAUGAAUUAUUUGUUAUAACAAUAAGACUCUUAAAUUUGACACUCAGAAGGAACUCUACCCGUGUGUCAAACUCUGGGGUUCUUCCAAAGUAGAAUUACUCAAUCCAAUAAUUCUGCAAUGAAUAAUAUUAAAUUUACUAACUGGAAUAAUAAUU